AUGAAAAUAAAUAGAUAUAGAAAAGUUAAUAGAAUUCUUAAAUUUUAUUCCAAUCAUUUUGGGUUUAGGAAACCUUAUCAAAUACUUUUAGAUGGAACUGUUUGUGUGGCUGCUUUAAAAAAUAAAAUUAAUAUUCAAGAACAACUUACAAAAUAUUUAGGUGGGGAUGUGAAGUUGUUAACCACUCAAUGUAUAAUCAAAGAAGUGGAAAAUUUAGGUUCAAAAACUACUGGAGCUCUGAUUGUAUUGAAAAAUUUUGGACAUCAUCAAUGUGGCCAUGAUGAUUCUCCUGUAUCAGCUCCAGAAUGUAUUACCCACAUGAUCCAAAAUUCGAAUAAUUCAAGGUACAUAAUUGCAACCCAAGAUCGAAAAUUACAGCAAGAAAUUCGAAAAAUUAGUGGAGUACCUUUGUUUUAUUUUCAUUUAAAAAUGCCUACAUUAGAAGCUCCAUCAACAGUCACUCAAAAUGCAGUACGAAAUAAAGCUUAUAAUGAUUGUAGGUUAGAAAAAAUUGAUAAAAAUGUAUUUAAAAAUAAUAAUAAUAAUAGUAAUCAAGAAAAUGUCGAGGGUAAACCCCAGAGAAAAAAGAGAAAAAUCAAAGGACCUAAUCCGUUAUCUUGCAAAAAGAAAAAGAAAAAACAAAAUGGAAAUGAUAAAAAGUAA